CUAAUUAUGUGAUAAACAGCUGAUAGUGCCUUCGCCGGUAAAAAGCAUUGUAAUAAAACUAUUACCUAAAUAUAAGCCAUGAUAAAGCUGUCCGUGGUGUGCCGAGUUGGCGGCUCCAGUCGAACUGCAACCUUUGCCACAAAACCUGCAGCCAAAUUAGCACCUAAAAAAAUAGAAGCACUCUCCAAAAAGCCUCGCAAUGCGUUGAUAUCCUGCAAGAGAAACCAAUUCAAUUUAUUUCAACACGAGAAUGCAGACGCGAAAUUUGGAACUCUUCCAUUGGCUUCCAAGGGUUGGUUGCAUCAAAAGUCCAAGGGCGACUAUUUCGUCCUCAAUGCGAGCAUCAGCGGCGAUGAACUUCAGCAGGACCUGCAGAAAAAGGGACAGCUGGAAAACGCAAACAUGGAACUGCACCCACAACUCCUGGAGAACCUGCGGGCUGAGUUGGGCAUUAAACAGCUAACCCUGAUCCAAGCAAAGGCCAUGCCCAUAGUCCACGACAACUGUCACACGCUUAUUGCGGCGGAAACGGGGUGCGGCAAGACCAUUGCAUACCUCCUUCCCAUCCUGAAUAGGUUGCUCGAAAGCCAGCCUCCAGAAAGGAAGUUGAACAGUCCCAGGACUCUCAUCCUGACUCCUGGCCGGGAACUGGCCAUGCAAAUUGCCAAUGUCGCUGAACGGCUAGUCGAAGGAACAGACCUGAAGGUGAAAUACCUGUUGGGAGGAAACACAAAACAGAUGAUGAUGAGCCCGCAGUUUGAAGAGGUAGAUGUCCUGGUUGCCACUCUGGGAGCCCUAAGCAAGUUAGUCACCACUGGAAUCUACCGGAUGGAGCAUGUGCGUCAUCUGGUCCUGGACGAAGCAGACACUCUCCUAGACGACACCUUUACGGACAAGCUCACCUAUUUCCUGAAGCGUUUCCCCUUUCACCUGGACCAACAAUCCAAUGCUCGUACCCAACUCAUUCUGGCCUCUGCCACAAUGCCGUGCAACACCAAAGAAGUCCUGCAAAACGUCGUCGACGUUGAAACAAUUCAUGAGGUUGUGAGCCCUCUUCUGCACCGCUUACUACCGCACGUGACGCAAAAGUUCUUACGGUUAACCAAGGCGGACCGGCCGGCCACCCUCCUGACCCUCGUGAAACAGGAAUUAGCCAAGCGCCGACCUCUAAUAGUGUUUAGCAACAAAUCCGCCACCAGCGACUAUGUAUCCAUCUUCCUGAACAACAGCGGAGUCAACUGCCUAAACUUGAAUGGCGAUAUGCUGAUGAAGAUCCGCCUUGGCCGAUUCGAACAGUUCCAAAACGGUCACUGCGACGUGCUAUCCACCACCGACGUGGGCAGUCGUGGUCUGGACACUACCAGAGCAAGACAUGUUAUCAAUUUUGACUUUCCUCUCCAUGUGUCUGACUAUAUACACCGCUGUGGACGGAUUGGAAGAGUGGGAACACCCGACAAUUCUCUGGUGACCAACUUGAUUUCCUCCCGCCGCGAAAUCGACGUCGUCCAGCGGAUAGAGCACGCGGCUCGCACCGGAGGGUUACUGCCCAACGUAAAUGCAAAUAUCCGAAACAUCAUUAACAAACAGAUUAUUGCUGCAAUGACGGCAGCCGGAGUGCCUCCUCCAGUUAUGGGAACAGGUAACAGCAUCCAAACCCAAGAGGAAGCUUUUUAGAUGUAUACUCGAGGAACUUGUGCUGCA